GAGAAUGGAGAGAAGACCAAUGUUACAUUGAGCACUUGCUGUGUGCCAGGUAGUAUGAAGGUGCUUAUAGAUGCCAUUUUAUUUCAUCCUCCCAGCGGAGGUGCCAAGAAAUAAUGAGUAAACGAAGUCUAUAAAGGCCAUAGGAUAGUCCCAGUAUUACAAAGCUGGCAAAUAUUGGAAUCAGGAUUCCACUCCUCAUCUGCUUUAGCACAAGCACAAAACCUAAGGACAUUCCUCUGCUACUCAAUUUUUUAUAGCCAAUAGAGGGCUGAUUCCCCACAACAUCUCCUGAUUUAUGCCGUGGUGCCUUUCAAAGUUUGAGGAAAUUGACAGUCAACCUCUGUUCAGUUCAACAUGAUGCAAACAUGUUUAAUUACAAAUCUCAUUCUCCUUCUCUCUGUUUGUGUCUCCAAGUAUGUGUGUGUCUAUACAGGUAAACAUGUAUAUAUGUGUGCAUUUAUUUAUUUAUACUUGAAAUAACUUAACUCUUACACCCAUAAAUUCUACCUCUCUUAUAUUAGUCUAAAAACUAAAGGUUCAUGGUUGAAAAUGCCCAACAUAAUAUUGUCUAGAUAAUCAGUAAUUAGAACAAGGCAAAUGCUUGACAAUAGAUAAGUUUUUAAAAUUUUUCAAUGUUUAUUUUUGAGAGAAAGACACAGAGCAGGAACAAGGAAGGGGCAGAGAGAGGGAGACACAGAAUCCAAAGCAGGAUCCAGGCUUUGAGCUGUCAGCGCAGAGCCCGACCUGGGGCUCGAACCCACAAAACUGUAAGUUCAUGACCUACACUGAAGUCGGACACUUAACCAACUGAGCCACUCAGGCACCCUGACAAUAGAUAUUUAUCUUAAGUUAGACGUGUGUAAUUAUGGAAAACCACACUGGGGAAUAUUUUCCUGAUUAGAUGAGGGUGGGACCAGAUGGGUAACAAAAGGUCAGUUCUAAAUGUGAGAAAACAAUAGAUACUUUAUGUUAAAUAUGCAAAAAAUAGAAUGGUAAUGCAAACAGGCACAGGUUAAUUCUCUGCAGUUAGAUUAUGACAAUUCUUAAAAAUUAUACCUUCUUCCCUCUUUCUGUGAAUCAUCUUAUCAUUAGAAAGUAGGAAAUAUUGUUUGCAAAGGAGAGAGUAAAUCAUGUAAGAGGAGGAGUCAUCUGAAGAGUCUAAGUCCCAGAGAACAGGCCAUGGUAAGGGCAGGCAAAGAGGAGGAGGGUAAAGCCUCCUUGUUUGGCCAGUGGAAGCAGGGAGGAGCCCAGGACAAGCACCCAGAGACUCCCAAACUGAGAGCUCUCCACUCCGGCCAGUCAUGCCAACCCAGGCUCUCCUGCCCAUCCUGCUCCUCUCUGUGUUGCUGCUGCUGCUACAGGUCCAGGGAGGGCACCGUACACUGAACAGGAUGCAGAAAAUAGAGCAGUUCAAUGAAGUCAAGGUUUGUGAAAAGCACACCAACAUAUAUAUGUGCAGACGUCCAUGUGAAUAUCACCAAGAUUGUCAAGCAAAUAACAUAUGCUGUUCAACCUUCUGUGGGAAUAUCUGCAUGACACUCUAGGGAGUGGGUGAGGGGGACGGGCUGUGCACCCUGCUCCCCUAACCCUCUAGGCGGACCAACACCAGGCCCACAGAUCUCUGGCACCAGGAUGUCAAGAGGAAUGCACCCUCCCUCCUGUCUGAACCGCUUGUUCCUGUCAAAUAAACCAGCACAAAUAUUCACAGACCUGCCUGUUUUACUCUCUGUGCCUGUAAGCAUUGAGGACCCAGUACAGACCCUUUCUCUGAGUCCGAGGCUCUGAUCUCUCUCCCCUUGUCAUGCUUCUCUAUUUUCUCUCCCAUCGGCCCCUGCUCCCCUGCAGGCCCCUGAGGCCCAGCCUCAUUGUUGAUCUGCUCACUGAAACAGUCCUGCCAGGGAGAAACUGCCCACUUAUGGUAUCUCCCAGUGCUAACCAGAACACUCCUCAGCCUGGAGUCAGAAGGGCCAAGUUAAAAAUGAGGUAGAUGGGGCUACACUCUGAGGCACAGAGUAGGAGACUCCAAGGGGGCCGCCUCUUAAAUUUAAUCUACCUCCAUUCUGUUCUCCCCAUUCUGCUCCCUUAGGGGGAGUCCCUCAGCCUUUCCUUUCUCACCCGCCUCCUCUUCU